UCCAAAUGCAGUAUGCAAAUAAAAAGAAAAAAAAAACACAUCUGGCAUUACUCUGGUAUUUCAGCACCAGUAAACUGCUCAGUGGUGUUAGUCUGCAUCUGUAGCAGUGGAACAGGCUUGGCGAUUCCAGACCACAAGAACAGACAAUGAGAUCUCCUGGUAUGGCCAACAACACGUUUGCAUCACCUGAAUGCUUGGAAGACAGAACUACUAUUGCCGUCAACAAUGCAUUAUGUAUUUGUAGAACAUUAUUCCUCCUUCCUCCCUCCGUCCUCAUCCUCCAUCAUGCUCACCAACAUUGGCGGCAGCAGCGAUCCUUCGCAUCAGCAAGUCACUCGGACGUCUUCACCUACCACCUUUCUGUCAUUGAGCUCCUCAGCAUGCUGGGGUACUUAUUCUUCAUAUGUGGCUCGAGCGUGAAUCUUCCAACUCUGUCCAAGUUCGGUUACUUUGUGUCUUCUGUUACUGUCUAUGGAGAAUUAUUCUUUCACGUCCUGACCUGUGUGGAGCGCUACCUAGCCGUUGUUCACCCUGUCAUCUACCAAGGACUGAGAAACGCUCGAGGGGUCAAGAUCAGAAACUUCAGCGUGGCCUGUGUCUGGCUUGCCAUCAUCUGUUCAAUGUGUGGGGAUCUAGGCUUGAAUCCAAUUUUAUUAAUGUACAAGUCCAGUUGGUAUAUGCUCGUGUGCUUGGUAGUUAUUUUGUUCUGCAGUCUGUCUGUUGUCUGUGCUCUGAUUCGUCCUCCACCUGGGGACUUUAGCAAGCACGGAGAGAAACUCAACCAAUCACGAAGGAGGGCUUUAUACAUGAUGUUGGUGAUAUUAGGGGUGCUGUGUUUGUCCUUAAUAGGAUUUCUGUUUGGAAUUUUCCUUGCCCGUUUACUUUCAGACAACUUCUGUUUGUUAAUGUCCGGUAUUGCCUGGCUUAACAUUCCGUCCUCCCUGGUGUUGCCUCUGCUGUACCUUCACAGGAGAGGCAGACUGUCGUGACGUUUCUCUUCCAAGAUGUCAGAGAGACAGUAGAGGAUGCCCAUCUCAGAGAUUUGAAACUUAAAAUUAUGUUGUGGCUACACUCUUCUCAGACACAAGAGGUCACUUUUUAUGAGAAGAAGCUGCUUGUGAUAUUGGUCUGCUACUGACCUAAAACACUUAUGUAAUCCCUGUCUGGAUCUU